AUGUCUCGAAACGAUACAUCACUACAGCCAUUAUCUUCAAACGCAGUAUCUGCGAAAGAAUUAGCAAGGUAAGAACGCGAUCAAGCGGUCAUAGUCGGUGAUCAUUUCAGUCGCACUUAUGGGCUUGCUCUUUUCCUUUUCUCGUUGCAGCGUUGUGAGAAACAUGUUAGUUAUUUACAAAACCAGCCGCAAUUGAUUUUUUUACCGCCCUGCUCGUUUUUAGAUGUUUAGGUCUUGUAAAGAAGAGGCCCUCAUUCUCCACGAGCCGAUCUAAGGGUCAAGAAAAGGAGAAAAAACCAAGUAAGAAAUCCAAUUUAUUAGUAAGCUUAACACCUUUUUAGUUUUUUUUAGCUGUCUUCAAAUUUGAAUCUCGAAUCAAUGUAAAUUACCUGCAUCGAUAAUGCAGUAUAUGUAUGUUGUAGUUAAUUUUUUAUCUCAGGUAGAUUUUAUUUUUCUUUUGUUUCAACGCCAUUAGCAUACAUUACCAUACCCAAAAACAAAAGAAAAAGAAAAAUUACCUGAGAUAAAAAAUUAACUACAACAUAUACAUACAUUGUUCUUUUGUAUUUUUAAGUACUAGAUUUUCUGCUAUCUACAAAUAACUACAAAUAGUAGAUAUUCAUCAAUGAUCAAAUUAAAGAAAAGAAUUAAUCAAUUAUUAUUAGAUCACAGAGUGAAAAAAGGCUUGCAGAUUACUACACUAUCGUUAAAUCUUUGACAAUUGUAUAUUGUAAAAUUCUCUAUUGAUGUUAUCUUUUUCUAACAAUGACAGGCCAAUAUUUUACAUACUUGAUUGUUCUUGACUUUGAAUCAACAUGCUGGAAAGACAAGAAAAUGAACUAUGGUCCUGAGAUUAGUAAGUCAUCAAUAGUAUGAGCUGAUUGUGUAGGAACUCAGGGCUCUAUUCAAUGACCUUCCUCAGCAUGUGCUAAGUGAACAUUUUUCUCAGAGACUCUGAGGCUGUCAGAGCAAAAAUUUUGGUUUUGAAAACCACUUUUGGUAACCCAUCAAAUAGACCUUGUCACGGUUUUCGACGCCAUUUUGAUGAGUAGGAAAACACGUGAGAAAUAAGGUUUGUAUGAGAAUCUAAUGUUGAAUAAUUUCAGUAGAACGGCUGUUCUGAAAACAGUAUCAAUUGUAAACUAAAGCUUAAUUCUUAAGGAUUCUACUGAAAAAAUCGAGGGCGUUACAUGCGCUAGAAGACCUAGAACCACUUUUAAAUUUUCUAUACAUUUGUCUGUAAGAAAGUCCCAGGAAAAAUUACAGACAAAUAUAUGGAAAAUCUAAAGCAAGCCUUUCGAGAAAUUUUAGGACAGGUAUGCCCCAAACUAACAAUCCUUUGCUUUGUAGCUUUAGUUUACAAUUCAUAUUUUUUUCAGAACAGCCGUUUUUUGGAAAUUAUUUGACAUUAGAUUCUUAUACAAACACUGUUGAAAACCGUGACAAGGUCUAUUGACCGAUAGUCAUCUUGCCUGAAGAUACUGUGUCACCUGAAACCACAGUUAUGUUACCUGAAAGUUAAUAUAUAGUUAUGUCACCCAAAAUUUUAUCAGGCGCAAUACACAGAGAAAUAAAGAUGAAUAAAGGAGUGUGUGAAAUAUAUAAUAAUUAUCUAGCUCUUGAAGCCAUGAGACAUAACAAUAAAAUUUAUGUGUAUUGUAUGUGCUAUGAUGAGACCAAAGAAGUCUGACAAGGGAGUAAUGUAUCUCGUUCUUUAAGCCUUGAUAGGCAAAAAAAGCAUUUCUGGUGACUUUAUGCUAACAACUGAUGAAAGUGAAGAAUGAUCAUCGCAAUUUUCCAAUUUAAGCAAUUGGAAAGAAGAAGCCUGAAAAAAAAAUUCAGGGCUUCAACGGGAUUCGAACCCGUGACCUCCGCGUUACCGGUGCGUUGUUCUACCAACUGAGCUAUGAAGCCACACAUUGGUUAUCAACUGAGUUGAUAACCUCACUGAAUAUAACACCAGAAAAAGAUUGAAAAACUGACCAUUUGAACCCUAGGUGUAGUGCAUACACUGUUCUGUUUUAAUCAAAAUUAAAUUGAGGAAUUCCCUUUUUGUUCACUGUUGAUACUGUCUGGUGCUUUAUGAUUGUUAACUCAGACAUCUUCCAUGCAUCCCUGGUGGGUGGUUAGUUGGUUGCGGGGAGUUUUAGAAGGGUCCAAACCUUCUGACUCCCGUACCUUGCAUUAACAGCUCCUGCCCUGCCCUGUUUUGAUUGCAAUUACUGAGUAAUUUCUCCCACUUCCUCCCCUUUUAGAACUCUCAUCUCCCACCCUUUCCUCUCCCAGCUUCUGUACCCCUCCUGCCCCCUAUUGUCCUGUGACUCCCUUCUCCCUUUCCUCACCCACUGGUUUGCUUGUUAACCAAAGGGAGACUUACAUGUAAGAUGAGAUAACAAUGUGUUACUUAGGAUCUUUUUACUUAGGCUAAUGUACCUUAUUGUUUUCCUUAAUAUGUUUGUCAUCAAUUUUGUUUUUGUUUUGAGCAGUUGAAUUUCCUGCUGUGCUUCUAAAUACUUCCACUGGUGAGAUGGAAUCAGAAUUUCACAUGUUUGUACAACCAAGUGAGCACACAAGACUAAGUGAGUUCUGCACAGAGCUAACAGGUAUCACUCAGGUACAGUAGCCUACACUUUUAAUUGUUUCCUUCUGAUCCUGUCGCACAUUCAAUCAGAAGUUAUGGACAAUAUUAAUAAUUAAGCUCGAAUUAACAUCCACAUGCAAGUAAGAUUAUUACCCCCUCUUCAAUUUAGCACCCCUCCUCAGGGUUGUCACUAAGAUUUCGAGUUGCCGGGUAGAUACAACAAGUAGGCAGGGAAUCAAACAGCUAGGGAUUUCGUUUGGUUCUAUUUUUCUUCUGUUUUCCAAUAAAAGUAGCCGGGGGCCACUCUCUUAGUAGCUGGGGAAAAUCCCCGGCCCCCGGCUCUUAAUGACAACCCUGCCUCCUACAGUAACAGACCAUGGGCAUUGUAACACUUACAAGUGUGUAAAUUGUGCACAAUAUGGUAGAUUUCCACGCCAAAAACUCAUGUGUAAUUUUUUUAACAAACUCUUACAUGCAGCCUUUCUACCCUCAAAUUUUUGUGUAUUUUUAUGGUGACUGAUUUUGCUUGUUAUAGAUGUAAAUACACGCAAGUUGUGUGUACAGUGUAUUUCUUUACAACAGCAAAUGGCAGGAGCCCAUGAUGGCUGAUGUAAAAUUAAAAAUAUUUGAUAAGCACUCCCUUGAAUAAGUGAUUAAACCCCACGUAUGGGUGAAGAGCUAACAUUAAGGGUUUAUUUUAACUGAUUCUUUUAUGUUUGCUUCUGCAGACUCAAGUGGAUGAAGGAGUUCCAGUUGGGACAUGUCUCAUGCUGUUUGGACGCUGGUUACAGGAGAUGAGAGAGAAAAAAGGCUUCAAAUUUCCCUGUGAUCAGAUUUUUAACAAAGAUGAAAAUAAGCCCACAGAGAAUUUGACAAAAUGGUGCACAUUUGUGACAUGGUCAGGUAUUUGAUUGAAUUAUCUGCUAUCAAUCUAGUUCAAUCUCAAUUUUCUCCUCCUAAAGGGCAAUUUCAAUGUGCAUGUUAUGAAAUAAUAAAUUAUUGAUAGUUCACUCUGAUAGAGAUGUAAGAAUAAAGAGAAGGGAGUCAAGUUAUAUUUUUAAUAAAAUUAAACUUUCUCAUCUUCAGGGAAACCUUUAUAGUUUAGUAAAUAACUAGAAAAAGCAUUUCAGACAACUACAAAAUUUGAAAAAAAGCACUGGGGCUUACUUUCAAAGGCCUGUGUUAGGCCUAUGUUGCAUAUUUUUUACUAUUGAGUCAUUUAGAUCUCUGAUUUUGUUUCCUUUAAAAUCAACAUAUGUUCAAUGAUGAAGAUUGGGACUUGGGAACUUGUCUCAAGAAUGAAUGCUACAGAAAGCAGUUAAGAGUGCCGCAUCCCCUAAGAAGCUGGAUUGACCUGCGAGCAACAUACAAGGUUUGUAUAGUGCAAUGGUGUCUAAGGGACAAGUUCACCGCCAGUAGUUCCUUAAAAUGGUUGUACACUGUACAGGAGAGUUAAAAUGAUAUUAUAAAAUUAGGAGUGAGCGAACUAGAAAAUUGCUGCCUCUAGUCUUCUCGUGACAGCUUGUUCUGUGGACUGACUAAAAGCGCAGGAGGGCUGAAUGUUAAGACCUUGUAAGAUUAUUUUUGUCCCUAGAUUAGUAGAUUAAAUAAAAGUAAGAAUGACAAAUUAUACUGCCAUAAAAUGCUCUGGUAGGAGUUUUGUGAAUGGUUAGCCAGCUAGUGUAUGACAGCUAGAGUGCAAUAUCUUGAAAAAAAUAAUAUUAAGUAUUUAAGCAAUAAUUGCCUACAUUGCACAGUGGUACAAAUAGUCCUACUCAGUAAAUCAUCAGUAUUGCGUGAUGAAAACCUGCAGUAUGUGGUCGAAAUGGCACAAUCAUUGUCAAAGUGACUAUGAUGAGACAAACGAUAAACAAAACCCUUUAUGGCGUAAACAUGUACAUACAAUGUAUUGCACUCCACAUAGUGCUUAACAACAGUAAAUCACAGCAAGAUGGAGAACACUGUUCUUUUCAGUCCAUGAAUACUGAGAAAGGAAGAGCAAUUAACCAAAUUUCUAGCCCGUCUUAUAUUAGUCACCCUGUAAUUGCCAGGAAUAAUGCAUUUGGCGCCGAACAUCUAAUCUUAAUGAGUCUAUCCUAGACUGCACAAAAGAUUCUUUCUCUACUUGCAUAGCCCGCGAAAACAUCCGUUUCUCCUCGCUCUUCGCCGCUGGGGACGUCUCACGCGGAGGAACGUCUGCAACUCAGCCACAGAAAUUCCAUACUGAUGAUGCAAAUCAAUGUUUACUUGAUAAAUCCGGUAGUCAUGGGGUUCCAAAUGUAAAUUUAUUCAAUUUUAGGUUUCUCCUGGUCGAUUUGGUAAAGUGUUGUGUUCAUCUGCGAACGAGCUCCAGCAAAACUCAAAUGCUUGUUGUAGAGAAGACUACUCCACAAAUAUUGACUGUUUUGUUAGAGAUUCAUCGCAUUUACUUUUUACCUUUGUGGCCUUUUGUCUUUUGUCUUUCAUUCGUAAACAAUAGCUAAAACAAUGUAACUACUCCGUCGACCAGUUAGGGCUUCUGACUGGAUUCUGGACAUAUUUUACAUCAUGAGUAUGGAAUUUCUGUCGCUGAGUCACAGACGUUCCUCCGUGCGAACCGUCCCCAGCGGCGAAGAGCGUGGAGAAACAGAUGUUUUCACAGGCUGCUACUUGCAUUGAGACAAAUUUUCUUUGGUUUGCUAUGAUGUUUUAAGUUAAAAGAAAUAACGUUUUUCUCUGUAAAUGAAAUAAUUUAUUUAGUUUUGCCUUAUUGAUUCUACAGAACUUUUACAGUCGUAAGCCUCAAGGACUAGCAGGGGCUCUUCAAGACCUUGGGAUUCAAUUUGCUGGUAGAGAACAUUCAGGUACUGUUAAUUAUUCUUUUAAAAAAACAGGUUUCCAUUGCUUUCUGAUUUAAUACACUUUUUCAUUUAGAUGUGAAAUAAACUACUGGAAAUGGUCUAACAAGGGAAACAAAAUAAUUAAAAUAGAAAAAUACAGUUGUCCUACAUUUGUUGGUUUGUUCAACAAAAUUUAAUGGACAAUAGGAAGCAAGCUGGUGGUGCAGUGGUGACAGCACCCACCUACCACCAAUGUGUAGGCUCGGUCUCCAGCCUUAGGUGUCUCGAUUCGCCCACCGGGGAGACACCCAUUCAUUCAUUCAUUCAUUCAUUCAUUCUUUAUUUGCCAUAUAUACAAAAUUUUACAACGCAAGAUGGAAAUAAUAUGCUAUUAAAGAAAAAGUAAAUGGCAAAGAGACCUGAAAGAAACCACGAGGCUUAUAAUGAGUCAGGUGUCCUCAACUUAGGAUUAACUAGUCUUGAUAUAAUAAUUGGAGAGUGAGCCUGUUGGUUCUCUCCCUUGCUCCAGGAGGUUUUUCUCCGGGUAUUCCAGUCCCCCCCCCCACCCUGUCCCCUCCUUAAAAACCAACAUUACCAAAUUCCCAUGCGACCAGGAACCAGGUAGAUGAGGAACCACUGGAAGGAUGCAACUCUAAAUUGUUAUUCAGUUUCUUUAUUUAUUCAUCUAAGGUCUGGAUGAUGCUCGAAACACAGCUCGCUUAGCAUGGAGGAUGGUGUCUGAUGGAUGCAUCAUGCAGAUAACAAAAAGCACCGAUGGGGUGAAUAUACCUACAAUGAACAUAGAGCUAAAAAAAUAAGACAAAAUAAUAAUAUUAUUGCUCCUUUGCUAAAAAGGAAUGACAUUUUGUCUAAGUUAUUAGAAAAUUUAAUAGUUGCAUGUGUAUUAUAAAUGUAUUACUUGUAGUAAUUUAUUAUAAAUCAAAAAUAUAUAACAUAUAGAAGCAAUGAGUUACCAUUAUAAUGUGCACAAUAGACAAUGACAAAAGGAAAUAAGUCUGCAUAAUUAUAACUCACCGAACGGUCAAAGGUGAUUCUCGAAGAUUGCACCGAAGUGUACAGUAUAUUUGUGCAAACAAUGCGGAGCAAGUUAGUAAUAGAAAAGAGAAACUUAAUAUGGUAUCCGAGCAAAGCAGAGUUUGUUGCAUUGUUACGAUAGACUGACUGCUCCCCGUUUAUUAAUUACACUGACCAAAGUUUUUCAAAAAUGUAGUUAUAAUCUAUGGUGAACAAUAAAAUUAAUUUAUGAUGCGUAGUUGUUUAAUUGUUGUGCUAUCCUCACCAACCUAGCUUAAAAGUGAAAAUUUCCGGAAAAAAAAAAUUAAGUCUAGUGUUCCCUGUUUUUUCUCUUGCAAAGACCAAAAAAAGAACUGUCAGAUUUUUUUUAGAAAUGACCUUUUAUAGCCACUGAUCCUCGCUUUACAUGUCAUCUUGAAGGAGCUCAUCCCAAGAAAUUUGUUAUAAACGGAGAAGAAAAAUGACACUAAAAGUUGCAUAAUUACAGCAGUGGCUAGCCUCCCACGCAGACGUUCUUAGGGGUUCGUCACGCGUUAAGAACGUCUGCGUGGAAAGCUAAGCAGUGGCGAGUUAACUCUUUCUCUAUGCACGACUUUCCGCUAAUUAAAUUUAUAGAUUGCUUAUUUCUCAAACAUAAUCUUAAGACUUUAUUAAUUUUGUUGUUCUAGGCUGUGGAAAAACUUUGGAACAUUGUGACUAUGAAACCUUGUCUUACCCAAAAUAAUUUGAAAGCAAACGGUACUGGGGCAUUCCAUACCAGUAACCAGAGUGAUUUGAUGUCUGAAGAUAUGCAAGUUCUUCAUAACAAACAUCACGCUAGACCGCCUAAAAACUGUACCGAUGAAACAAGUGUAAACAAAAGUUUAAACUUUGGUGAUUUUCAAGCACAGAAUCAAUGCAGAAAUGGCACAAGACAGAAGGUCACUGUGAAAAGCGAGAUGAAAGAGCCCAGAUCUGUCCAGAUUCCUGGAAAUAGAUUGACAAAUCAUCACGUUAAACCAUCUAAAACUUGUACUGAAGAAACAAGUGUAAACGAAAGCUUAAGCUUUGGUAAGGCUCAAGAAGAGUGUCACAAUGUACAUGUACAUGGCACACAAAAGAGCAUCACUGUAAAAAGAGAACUGACCGGAGCCAGAGCUGACCAGUUUCCUGAAAAUAAAAUGACAAAUCUAAGGGAAAAAAGCCUUGUUUGGGGAGCUGUGAAGAGUGGGAACAGUGAAGCAAAUGGCCAAAAUAAAAGGAGAGCAUCGGUCAGUUCUGUUAGUGAAGGCAUGUCUGUUGGGAAUUGCGAUGGGGCCUGUGCCACACCCAAAAAGACCUCCAAGUCUCUUAUAACUCCUGCAACGUGCUUAUCAAGUCUGAACAAAAGAACAAGAGGAUGCUGUAAUGGUUUGUUUAGGAGUGAAUUGGAGAGCUGCUCAACACAAGGGUUUCUUGUGAAAAGAGGUCUUGCUAAACAGACACUGAGCUACCAUCUGCAUACACCUUUGGGAAGCCAUAAUCAGCGAGUAUUUCCUGGAACGGGACAAAGGGAUUACACUUCCUGCAACCAACCAUGCAAAGCAUCAAAUAUUGAACCUCAGAAUGUAAACACGCCCCUGUUCAGGUUACCAACAAACCAUAGCUUAAUCGAAGAGAGGCAUCUGGUAGAAGGACUAAAAAACAAUAAAUCUAUAACAGUAGCUUCGAAUAACAUUGGAAUAACAGCUAUAAACAAACCAAUGGCAAAAGCAGCGACUGUUGCAACCACUCCCAGUUCAAUAUACUUGAACAAGCCAUGUACUACUCCAAAAAGAAAAUUUCCUUCUUUCAACCCACCCCUUAAUGGGAACAUGAACUCCCCCGUUACUACCCCUGUAGCUUGCUUCAAUGGAGGUGGUAUUACCCCACCCCUGUGUCACUGUGGGCGUCGUACUCGGCGCAGAGCUGUCAUCAAUCCAGGACCUAAUCAGGGAAGAGCUUUCUUUACAUGCUCUUUUAGUCACGGGAGAACAACUUCUGGUGCAAAUUCUGAUAAAAAGAAGUCUAAAAGUGGUUGUGAAUUUUUUCGUUGGGAGGUCCGUUUAUAA